AUGGCUACCUCUACCGACUCGGCUCCGUGCAUCAGCCAGCGCGCGUUUCCCGUCUGGCUCGACCCCAUUCUGAUCGAAGAGCAUACCUUCUCCCGCCUCGAAUCCGUGAAGCACAAUUCCGUCGACUUCAAGUUCCAGGCCCAUUACAGUAGAUCGGAAGGAUGCGCAGCGAUACGGUUCCUGCUGAUGGUGGAUCUCAACAUUGGUGGAAAGUCUGCCAAGCGACCGUUCCUAUACGUUAUUCCGUUGGCGCACCUUGCAAAGUCGGAUCCAAUGGACUGCUCCGUCCUCAGUGACGGCGACAUGGGCCAUUCCCCUGUUUGCUCAGCAAUCCGAGACACUGGCUUUCUCGCUUCCGGACACGUCAUCCGCGUCAACCUGCGGUUACAACAGACUGGCCACGUGCUAUGCAGGCCUUUCGGCGCUGGAAUCAUCCGGCCACGCACCAAGACUGCCCAUGACUUACUCGAACAAUUCAAUUCCGUCUCCAAUCUUCUCAGCUUCUCGUUCUACCUCAAACAUAGUGCUCCUUUGCAAAAGCAACUUGAGGACCUUUGCUGCGGGCUUCGCUCCGACAUUCUCAAGCAGUAUGACGUGCCACUCCACCAGAUGCAACCGGUCGACUGGAGCAAGAUCGGAGUCGACAAGUUGUAUUCAGUUCAACCGCCGCCUUCGCCGGAACUGCCACCGCAAUACGAAACUGUGCCAACCACUCCCCCAACACAUGACAAAGCCCUUGCACUAGCCAGUCCCUCCGACCGUUCCAUGAUUCAAGAAACGCAGUGUGAAGACGACGUGGUUGCUUCCCCGCCGCCGCCCAGCACGAGGAAACGCCGCCGAACAUCUUCCCCACGUCCUCCGGACAACAACACUCCCCUGUCCAAAGAUGACUUCACCCAUGAUCUCGCUUCCCUCUUCCAGGCAGUCAUCCCCACCAUCUCACCACGCGAGUACCUCGACCCACAAAUGCAAUCCUACUUCGACGACUUUCGCACUGCCGUGGCUAAUGUAGACGCCUGGGCUUUCGACCGCGCAUACGGCCGCUUCACUGUCCUGCUCCUCUACCACUCCAUCCACCAGAAUGACCCAGCACCGUCCCGUCCAUCCUCGCCUUCCCCAGCCUUGACAGAGCAGGCAGUGGAGCAGACCGACGUUGAAGACGAUGACAACACGCACGCCGACAGUGCAACAGAAAACGACACAGUGGACGACAACGAUGACGACGCUGCCCUUCUUCAAAGAGUCAAGGCGAACUGGCCCACCAGGCGACCCUUUUUCUAUGACCUCUUCGACCUCGUCAUGUGGGUGCGAAAGCGCGACCGCUGCGGCGUUCCUCACGCCUGGCCCAGCUUUUGCGAACUCGGCCGUGCUAUGCGCGAAGCGACACAGGCUGGCGUCUUGUUAGAGGACGCCUUGGGGGGGACGUAUGGCGCGGUAAAGGCGAGGAUUAUGGCCAUGGCCGUCGUUGGGACAGGUAGACGGUAA